GUGGUGUUGUAAAAUGCCGUGAGGCGCGGCCGGCGGGGCCUGAGGGACAGAGCCCGGGCCCGGUCCCGCUCCAUAUGCCCCGAACCGCCCCGUCCCGCUCCAUGUGGGGCCGCUCCUCAUCCACAUCUUCCUCAUCCUUCUACUAUGGCCCGGAAAACAGUUAGCAGGAAGCGGAAAGCGGCGGCGGCUGCCGCCGCUGGGACCGGGGGUCUCCAGGGGGAGCAGUACGGGUGGGAUCACUCGGUUCACAAAAGGAAAAGGCUCCCGCCGGUGAAAAGGUCUCUGGUGUACUACGUGAAAGGGAGAGAGGUCCGGAUGCAGAAUGAGUCCAGCUACCACCGCUUGUUGCAUGGAUACGCAGCCCAGCAGCUCCCCAGCCUCCUGAAGGAGAGGGAAUUUCACCUCGGAACACUCAAUAAAGUGUUUGCCUCCCAGUGGCUCAAUCACCGACAAGUGGUGUGCGGGACAAAAUGCAAUACGUUAUUUGUAGUAGAUGUCCAGACUGGCCAAAUUACCAAGAUUCCCAUCCUGAAGGAUCGUGAACCCGGCAUGGUGAACCAGCAGGGAUGUGGUAUUCAUGCUAUUGAGAUCAACCCCUCAAGGACCCUCCUGGCCACAGGUGGAGACAACCCCAACAGUCUUGCAAUUUAUCGUCUGCCAACACUUGAUCCUGUCUGUGUGGGAGAUGAUGGACACAAGGACUGGAUAUUUUCAAUUGCGUGGAUCAGUGAUACUAUGGCUGUUUCUGGUUCCCGGGAUGGUUCAAUGGGUCUCUGGGAAGUCACAGAGGAUGUGUUAUCCAAAAGCGAUGCCAGGCACAAUCUCUCUCAAGUUCCUGUCUAUGCCCACAUAACACACAGUGCUCUGAAGGAUAUCCCCAAGGAGAACACCAAUCCUGACAAUUGCAAAGUCCGAGCAUUGGCUUUCAACAAUAAGAACAAGGAGCUGGGAGCUGUGUCCCUGGAUGGGUAUUUUCAUCUUUGGAAAGCAGAGCACACGCUAUCAAAGUUACUUUCCACAAAGUUGCCAUACUGCAGGGAGAACGUUUGUUUGGCUUACGGCCAGGAGUGGUCAGUGUAUGCUGUAGGAUCACAGGCACAUGUCUCCUUUCUGGAUCCGAGGCAGCCUUCUCACAACGUUAAAUCCGUCUGUUCCAAAGAACGAGGCAGUGGUAUCCGCUCAGUGAGCUUCUAUGAGCACAUCAUUACUGUGGGGACAGGGCAGGGGUCCUUGUUGUUUUAUGAUAUCAGAGCCCAGAGGUUCCUGGAAGAAAAGCUCCCCCGUGCCUGCUAUGGACAGAAGAAAUUAGGAGGAAGUGAAAUUUUGAAGUUGACAACUGGGAAAGGCUGGCUGAACCAUGAUGAAACUUGGAGGAAUUAUUUUUCUGACAUAAAUUACUUCCCAAAUGCUGUUUACACCCACUGCUACGACUCGUCUGGAACGAAACUCUUUGUGGCAGGAGGCCCUCUUCCAUCAGGACUUCAUGGGAAUUAUGCUGGUCUCUGGAGCUAAUGAUAACUCUUCAUUCUGAUGCUGAUCUUUACACAGAUUUCCACUUCUGUUUUCCUUUUUUUAACACCAAAAUUGUGUGAUGCCAUUGAUUCCUGAUUUAAACACAAGUUAUUUUUUGGCAGAGUUUUCUGUUGGUCUCCAACAAUUUUGUACAUCUUUUUGAACUAGUUUUUUGCUUUAGCCUCCUUGAUCCUUUAUAUGGAGGAGUUUUGAAGUCCUUUUUUAUUGCAUUUACUCCAAAUGACUCUUCCCCCCAUUUAGGCUGUCUUGGCCAUGUGUCCCCUCCUCUACUUUGCUGUGAGGUAGGAUUUCUUUCUUAUAGAGUGGUUGCUCCUGAGCUUUCUGUGAAAGUCUUGGGGCUGCAUGUGUGCAGGUACUUUGUGUCAGUUACAUUACCUGGAGUGAGGACUACUUGUAAUUAAAAAUUAUUAAAAAUAUUUAUAAGAGAUAAGCUACUACUUUAUCUGCAGAGCCUGGCCCUGGCCUGGGUUGAUCGUAUUUUUUAAAAGUACAAGUCUAAUGACACUGUUUAUACAUAGAGGGAUAUGGUAAUUUUAAGCUGUACUCACUGAAGCCCAGGGAUGGAUUCCCUAGGGGUAUUGCAAAUCAAAUCCAAAGUGUGGGAGUUUUUAAAAGUGCAUUUGUGUUGGAAUGGUAAUUUUCAGCAGUGCUAGGAGUAAAAAUUGAUCUGUUUCUUCACUGCCUGUCCCAGGUAUCUGAGUGGCUAUUGCAGGGUGACAUUACAUUGAGGGUUGCGGAGAUGCUGAGAGGAAAUGGGGGCUAGUUAUUCAAAAUUAAUUUAAUCUGUCUGCGUUCCAGAUGAAAUAUGGUUUCUAAGUAUGCUGAUAGGGUUGCUUAUAAACUCUCCAUAAAUUACCUAAAACCUCGGACCUUUUUUUUCCCAGGUUGUGAGAGUUUUUCCCCUUUUUGCUGUUCUGGUUGGCCAUCUACUUAAAUAAGCCAAUGGAAUAAAUAAACUAUUUUUUUUCACCAAGUUUAAAGAGUGCAUCUCAGACGUUAAUAAUGCAAGUAGAAGCUUUCUGUGAAGGAAGGUAUCUUGGUGUUCCCUCACUUUGUGCUGGUAUGUGCUGUAGGAGAAGCUCAGGCUUUUCCAGAAUCCUCUGCUGCCUUCUGAGUUCUGUGACUCCCUCCAGCUUCACCUGGGACUGGGAGGGGAGAAUAGGUCCAAUGCCCUUCAGGUCCAGCUGUGAAGUGUGUGUCUCCCAGGGUGAUGGUUUUAUCCAAUACUCAGCUAAAAUGUAAGACUCAAUGGUGUUCCUCCUUUUGGCAGGCACUAAACUCUCAGCUUGUCAGUGAUGCCUCUGUCCUCUGCUGGAAUUAAUGCCUUUCCACUGACACUGGUGGAGCAAAGUGUGCCUGUACCUCACAGCUUUGGUGCCAAAUUGAAAGCUGAUUGGAACUGAGAGGAAAGACAAGGCUGGAAUAUGCUCUGUUCUCCCAUCUCUGUGGGAGAUCACAGCUACUACCCCAGUUCCUGCCCACAGCCCAGAGCUAAUCUGCAUGUGUCUUUGCAGUCUCUCUCAUCUUCAUACACGGUAUCUUCAUCAGUAACACCAAGCAGUCAGAAUCAGGCUUAGGUUCCACCUGGUAUGGAGACCUGGAUGGAAAUCCUACAAGGAGUACAAGUCCCUCUCAUUGGGGUGGAAAUCCUGGCAAGAGAGGAACUCUCUCCCAGGUAUGCACCUGUCCCAGAAGUAUAAUUAGCACUGAGCAUUAACACAGGUGCUUCACAAGCAGAUCAUCUUCCAGUGUUUCAUAAUAUUUACCAAUGUGGCCUGGUUGCUUAAACUGUGUCAGUUCAAGGUACUGUGUGUAUGGCUAGACAGGCUUUUCUCUGAAAAUACAAAAUUAUAUACCAAGGGGUAGCUGCUUUGGUUAUUUUAGGGGCUAUUACAGCUACUGUGUAAAAUCAUUCUGUCACAAGGAACACGUUCUGCUUUGGUUUGUUUUUUGUUUCUGUUUUUUUUCCAGUUGGGUUUGGUUUGAAGUUUUUUGCUUUGUUUUUUUAAAGAAGACGUAAGUCUACUUGAGUAGACUCCAUUUCUGCUGAAGCAACAGGUAAUAGCUGGGCAUUUAGUGUCAGCAGUGCCAAAGGUAGACUCCUGGUCUGGGAAUUCUAGCCCUGAUGUUGAUCUAUUAAUUGAAGCAUAUUUUAUGCCAUGAUAGGAGGAAAAAAGAUUAUGUAUAUGACCUUCAGACAUAGAGGCUGAUUUUUCUGCAGUCUCUGGGUUACUGAAGGGGCACCACUGGAAAUUAUCCCUCCUUGCUGACUGUGGUCUCCUCAAGUACCUCAGUAUGUGCUCCUAAAGCCUGGUAAUGUGAGUGCCCUUUUCCUCUUUUUUUUUUCUUCAUAGAAGACUCUGCACAAUUCUCAGAUGAAUCUGGACAAUGACAUAAAAUUCCCCAAGUCUCACAUGCUUUUGUGUAUUCUGCUUUCAGGAUGCUUUCUUGCAAAAAUAACUUCAAAUGGUAAGGGAGCCAUCUUUGUUGCUGUAUGAAAACUCCCACAAAAAAAAACUCGGAACCAAACCAGAUAGUGGUGCAAGCACACAAACAAUUUGUGUCAGAGAUAACUUAAUUUUUAGCUUGUUUCAGUGGUUCUAAGUACUUAUAGUGAUAUAGAUGUUAGGUUUCAGAAUAUUUCUGUAGUUGGUCAUACAUAACUUUUGUUAUGUCACUAUUAGAAAUUGAGGCACAGAAAGGUGAUGAUGAUAUGCCACUUGUCCAAAGAUAAGUAAUAGGAGAAAAACUAAAUUUUUCUUGACGUUGAUUUCAUUUCUCUGUUGGGUUAGAUAUCUACUGCAAUUCAGGAUCAUGGUUAGAAUUGAGUGGGUUUCCCAUCCAAGUGCAAGAAUGGCUACAGAGCAGGGAGCCUCCAGGUUCUUCAGAGAAGCAAGUUGGGUGCCUCACUGUUCAAAAACCAGAUACACCCCUACAAUGGAGUGAGUUCAGUCUGGUGACUGCACUUCAGUAGCUUCUUGAACAGCUUGCUGUGCACUGCUGAGGCCCAGUGACAUAUAUAUAUUCAGACCAUCUUUUCUACUGUUUCUUUCAAGAUUUCCAUCCCUUGGUCUUUCCUGCUAGAAUGUUUGAGGUUACCUCUUCCAACCCAAAUCAUACCAGUCUUUUCUGUAGCAGUAUUUACCUUGCAGAGGUGACCUCUGCUGAGCAGGAACAGGCUUGCUGGUAUUCUAUCAACCAGUGCUCAAGUCCAAUUUGCUUUCUUUUAGCUGGGUAGAAGUUAAAGGCUGGCUCAGACUGUUGAACUGGGUAGUUGCCGUUGGGCAUGUUUGACUGAUACAAUUACACUGUAGCAGUCUGUAUGGGUGGGGAGCAUACUCUGGUUUAUCUUGCUUGAAGGAGAGAAUUUACAGCAUAACAUGCCUUCAGACUGGCUGCUACUGACUUCCCAGUUGUAUGGGAUCUUGUGUGCUACCAGUGAGUUUAGGAAGCAGUUAAUUCUACUGCUCAGCUCUCUUCAGUAAACUACCAUGUUAAUUUGGGUAUUUUUGGAUAUUACAUUUUCAGUAUUCAUGAUAGGUAAUCAAACUAGUGACUCAGUUAUGGGUUUGGUAAUACCUAGCUUGUAGGAAGGUAUUACGGGGUAGCAACUCCUCAGUAGCAGCUGGAUGUUACAUCAUGGGACAUUUCUGAGGAAUCAGAAGCUACUUUGCAGUAUUGGCUUGAGCACAGUAAAUAAGUGUUGUGCUCAUCCUCUUCACUAAACACCUUAUUCCUGUAAUUCCUCCAGGUUUCUCCCUUGUACAGUCAAGUCUUGUAGGGAGAAUUACUAAUGCUCUCCUCUGGUGCUUUCUGGGAUUGCAGUAAAGAAGCAAGUCCAUUUGUUUGAUUCCCUCAUCAGUGCUGCUGCUGUUAGUUUGAGAUGAGUAAAUUACCAAAGAAUAGUUGAUAGUAGGUUUAUGUUCCUAGUCCAAGUUGUUAAUUCUCCUCACAGAUCCAUUUUUAAGAUCAUUGCAAGAGUGCCCAGUGAUUUUGCUGGACUUAGCCUGUUCACAAAAAUUACAGUCAUAUUGUGGUUGACUCUUGUGAUUGUCUUCAUGAGAGGAAAUUUUUAAUAGCAUUAAGGGGUUUAUAUUUGCUGCCUCCAUUUUAGGUCUUUGGCAGCUUUUUGUAUCUAAAGGAUUAAGAUACUUGGGGAUCAUUUCCUUCCAGAAUUUCAUCCUAUUCCUUUACCUGAGCACUUGCUUUGUCUUAUAGCUUGCAGCUGCAAAGUUAACAGAUUAAAUUUAUGAUCCAGCUAUGUCAAGUGGUGCUUUGUUGUCUUAAUUUGUACCACUCAGCUGAGAGGCAUUUACAGGCCUUUUGAACUGCUGUGCCUCACCUGAUGCAGGUGUGAAACAAAGCAGGCUUCCUAGACCCUCCAGAGGUUACUUGUUUGCUUUGUUUGCAAGAAACCAAGGAUAGGUGGGCUGUCAGUUAGUACACGUGGGAAAGCAGCAGCAUCUUACAGCAGCCAGGUGGAAGGUCUGUUUUUAGUGGUCUGUUACCCUUAUUUUCAAUAAAUGCACUUUUCCAAGGUGUCUGAUAGCUUCUUACUUAGUUACUUUUGCAAUUGCUGCUAUGACCGAAUUACUGGACUGGGGUACAGCUUAUUCCUAAGGAACUCCAUUGCAGAGCUGUGUAUCAUGCAGGUGGAGCUGAUCCUCCAGCCAGCCUAUGCUAUGCCAGGGACACCUGACCUACCAGGCACAAAUGUUUUAGUUUAAAGUUAAGUGAAGUCCCCUGUGUGCCCUGCUGGCCACCCCACAGUGAGCCCAUGGUGUGACCUCAACUUAAAACCAUUUCUGAGUGUUAUAGUGCCCUCAGUAACUUAUUUGAAAUUCUGAAGCAGACACCCUGGGACAAGGGAGAGUGGAAAAGAGAACACAGCCGCAUCUUGUGUGAGGUGCUCUCCUUUGCCCCUGUACAUGAGUACUUUGUGUAGUGAGGAUGGGCAAGGAACACCAGAGAAACAGUAAAAAGUAAGCAGUGUUUGGUAUGGCUCUUGGAACUCCUGAAGAAUUAAAAAAACAGAGGGGAUAUAUGUAAAUGCUUAAUCAGAAACGUCUUUGAGAGAUCAAGUUUAUCCCUGACAUUUUCUGAUUCUUUGUGGUUUUUUUUCAAAGAUAAAAUUAGGCAGGAUCUUUUUGCUUGUGAUGUUGGUUUUUUUCAAGAAAACCAUGUGGUACUUGGCUAAUUAAAAGAAUGCUCUUGCAGAAAGAAACCCUUCAUUUCCUAACAGCCUUUCCCACUAGUAUCCUGCUGGGAGCAGUGUAGUCUAAAAAAGUGCAGACAGAUUUAAAAUGGAGUGCUGGGGUUGGCAGAGGUGGGAAAAUGUGGGCUGUCUGACUGUUUCUAUACCCAAAAGACCACUAACACUUGAUUGUAUACAAAUUGUGGUUGCUGUACUAAAACUGAGAGGGUGUAUAAAACCCCUUGCAACAUAAUGCAAUGUCUUUAGUCCAAGAUUCUUUUGAAUUGAUUCUUUUGCCUUCAGGACAAAAAAUUUAGGAGUCAAUACAGCAUUUUCUUAGGAACUGCUUUUCUAGAUUCCCAUACUAAAAGGGAAAAUUCAGGUGCUGAAUCUUACAAUCUCAUUAAACUUGUACUUUUUAUUUGCCCAUUCACCUGUCUCUUUUCAUUUUCAAGGCCUCCCACAGUCUCAGGGUAUAAAUCACUAUGACUCAUCCAAAUAGUACUGAAAUGGACCAACCAGAGGUUAAUGUGCCUUCCUCUUCUGGUACCUUGAUCUUUAUAGUUAUCUCAAAUUUGUCACUGUCCUAGGGUUGGAUACAUGCAUUAUCUUUUUCUAAGAUAUAUGUGUUAAAAUGCAACAGGUUUGUACUGUUACUUGUGACUUGUUCCAUUUGUCUUAGGAUGUAGUGUAGACGAAUCAAUGUGCUGGUUGGUCUUGGUAUCAGUCUUGCCAGCAACACCUGUCAGGGCUUGCUUGUAUGUUCAUGUGUAGAUAAAUGCUGGAUCUUCCCCACUGCCUGUGGUGCAUAAGAUGCACAAAAUGCACAAGGUGUUUUAAAAUGUGCAGUGAUCAUAACUUGUUGCCUGAAGGUAGGAUUUCCUACAGUGAACUGGUUUUAAUGUUUUGGUUUUUUUCCCAAAUAUUUUUAAUAAGAUCCAAAGCUUUGAGGAAAAAAAAAAAUUGGGACUUGCUGAUACUUGAUGGCUUUUGUUCUGAAUCCAGGGUCUGAUGUUUGUUAACAACUCCAAUUCCACCCAUCUAACAGAGGCUUUCUCAGCUUGUUUCUGUCAUGACCUGUAUCAGAAACAGCGCUGAAUCCUGAACUAUCAUAGAAGCUGUCAAGCAAAGUAGUAACAGUUCUCUUCAAAUAUUACAGUGCACAUUUUUUAACCUGUUCCAGGUCAUUGAUGCAGCUUACAAAUGGAACAGUGGGAAACUGCAGAUAGUAUGUGAAACUAGCCUGUCUGCACAUGGAGCUCAGUGUUCUGUUACCUUUCAAAUUGUUUCUCCCCUCUGAAAAGGAUUUUUUUCUUGUUUUUUUCAACACAAAGGCAUACAUUUGGCUUAGUUUUCUAAAGAUAUAUUUGUUUACAAACCUCAAACUGACAUCUGGAAUUUGGGUUGAGUUUCUGAAUCUUAUGCAGACAGUACAAUUGAUACAUUACAUCUCAUAAGAGCAUAGAAACAGGAACUUCUUUAUCUUCUAUACUAUAUCUUCACUUGCUGUGGUCUUCCAUGGACAUGCCUAUGCAUAAUUAAUUGAAUUACAGUACUGCACUCUGUUGAUCCAUGAGGCUACCUUUGUAUGUAGAAUCAGCACGAUUAGUCAUCAGUUUAUUGACAUUAAUACAUGGUCAUGGAACUCUAAGUAGUCUGUGUGUUUUCUGUGCUAUCUGUUCUCUCUAGACCACAGUGUACACAUAGUGUUGAGCUCUUUUUGUUUCAUGACAGUUUCAGAGUUCUUUAAUUUAAAUUCAGUCAGGUGCUGUUUUUAUGACGGUCACUUUUCCAAGUAGAACAAAUGGAUUUAACUUCGUUUUCUAUCUUUGGUAUCUUCCUCUUCUCCCAUUUCUUGCUAGUGCACCUGUAACAAUCAGUUCAAAGUUGUUGGCCUACUCUGAAAAUUAUCAAGUAAUAAUAAAAAGAAAACCUGUAGCCCAAUGUGGCUACAGCCCAAUGUGUGACAAAGAUCACUCUGUGCUUUUACCAUAAACUUCCAUGGCUGGAUGCCUGUCUUACAAGUGGAGACUCCACUCCUGCACAGUCUGCAGAAGCUGAAAUCCUCUUGCAGCCAUAUUUUUCAGUGGAUAUCAGCAGGUGCCCUAUGCCUUCACCCAGUGUUUGUCAAAUUGAUCUGUAGUGGUUUAGCCAGAGAACUGGCAUCUUUGACUGCUACUUUAAGUCUUGACUAAAUAUUUCACUCAGGGCAAUAUCAGGAGGAUGAGUUACUGGCUUGAUCCCAUGUAAAGGUUUGCUCCAGAGAUUUAUUUUUUUGGGGUGGAAUUACAAAAGAGUAGGGAUAUGAGCAAAACAAUAACCCUCUGCUCAAAAGAGAAAAGUUAUUCUAAUGUACUUUGGCCAGCAAGAAUGACAAAGGCUGGCUAGGUUCAGAGGCGAGCUGGCAAUGGAAUGCUUGAAGGGUAGGCCUUGAGGGUUUGUGCCAUCAUGCCUUAGAUCACUGCAAGUUACUUGCUCCCAGAGCUUUCAAAACUGGUGGUCAUCCCUCUUCAGAGGAGAUGUGAAGAUGGCAUGCGGAAAAACCAGUUUCCCCAGUGGUCACUCAGUCUUCUCCUCAGCAUUCAAGAUUAUCAGUGCACUUGUCACUGUUUUCAUGAGUGACUAUGACUAAUGUGCUUCACAGCUGCCACCAGCCCCCUCCACAUGCUUUGUGCAGGGAUGGUGGAGUGAAAGGGCCUUGUCUGCAUUGUCCUCCACUUGGCUGGCUGUUGACAGUGCAGGGAUAUAAGAGGCCAGCUGUGAUUUACAGCUUCAGCUGGUUGCUUUGGGCUUCUCUCACAUUGCAGGUGUGAUAGUGGGGCUGUUACAGAAAGAACUGGGUAAGUAACUUCUGGUGGGCUUUGUCCCUCUUGUUCAAAAUGCUGUCUCUAGUCUCAGUCUCUUGUCCCAGCCUCACAUCUUGUCACACUGCUGCUUGGGAUUUGAGCAAGUUCCCUGUUCUCUCAUGGUGUACUAGUUCAGGUACCAAGUUCUGCAAAGCCUAGGGGUAACUGUUAGAGCCCUACCAGACUUCGAAACUUCUACACUCGCUUAGGCAGUGGUCUGCUGAACUGGGACCUUGCUCACAGUGUUCUUAUUAUUUUUACUCAGCUCUAGCUAUCUUGGACUGCCAUAUCCCUUUCAGUCCAAAAAGGUUUGCUCCAAAGUCACUCCUAUUCCAUGGAGUUGAUUACCAUACUGCUGGUUAUUGCAAUUCAGUGGCUUUUCUUUUUCUUGUUUUUAUUUUGUGGUUCACUGCAAAUGUACAAAACCAUACUGACUUUCUCAGCUCCUGAACAUAGUACAAGGGCCCAUCCUGAGGCAUCAGAAAUACUUUUCUACUCUCAAGGUGCACAGAAACAAGGAUCUCUUAGACAAACAGUGAGGAAAGCAGCUGCACAUACACAAGUAGAAAGGUAUCUCUGAGUGGAAUAGGUGAGGGAGCAGCUUAUGAAUUUUAAGUAUAAAAACAGUAAUUGAGGGUUGUUUUUGUUUCUUUUUUAAAAUUGCUUUAACAGGAGGUUACGUGGUAUUUUAAGCCACAGAAAGUUGCAACAUAAACCAAGAUUUUC